GUGUUCAUUAUAUAUUCGGCCUUUUUUUUAUAAUAGAAAGUUCGCGCAGUGCAACCGGCAGGGAAUGUCGCUGUUGUUCUUUGGGUCGCGCAUAGUCAUCCGACAUUAUUACUCCCAUUUCCCGCUCGUUAUCGUGAUGAAAGUGAAUUAUUUAGCAGCGGCUAAUUAAUUAGUACCAUCGGGAGAGCACGGCUGUCUCAUCGCAAUAUAAUUUCCCAGGCCAAGUGACCUCGCUGGCUGCGUGGGAUAAUUACUCACGGAUCUGUAUUUCCGUCAUGUCUUCGAAACACUUUGCCAUUAUGAUUUAUACUAUUUUUUUUUGUCGCGAUUAUGACAGCCAGUAUCGACUGCAAUCGCAGUGUUACCGUGGCGGUACCGGAGGUAAAAGGCGGACCUACGUUUGCACGGAGUUUGUUUCGCAAAAGGGGUAACGCUCCGUGACGUCGAAAGUAACAUUUGUUUUGUUCAAUACCUGAAAUUAUUGCAAGUUUUGCGAAAGCCAUUAGUUCUGCGUAGGCCAUCUUGAGUUGGCCUUUCUCGUUAAUAGAUAUGCAAAGCAACGUGUCGCUCGUUAUAUCCGAUAACGCGAAAUACAAUAAUAAGCUUGCCUCGCGCAUAAUUACAUCAUUUCCGAUGAUUCUGCAUUUUUUUCCAUUUCUUUUUUCAUAAAGUCGCAAGCCACCGGCUUUACAGUCGAUACGGUUGUGACGGAGGCAAGGGGAUUUUACGCGCGACACAACGCGAUAAGAACUUACUGAUAUGCGCGAUAGGUAUAUAGGCGAGUUCAUCACUCUUAUCUGAUCCACCUCAGACUUGUGGACAUAAAUGCGUACGCGCGAGUCGCAUGUCAUUGUAUGUACAUACGUUGUCGGUUCUAUUUGCGGGAAAACCAGCAUGAAACUCGCGCGUCGAGCGACUAAUCGAAACGGAGUGUCCCGUUUAAAAGUGACAUUCUCUCCGCGAUCGAUGUGUGUACCUCCUGCGAAUUAGUCAUGUGCUAAGUGUCUACCUAAGUGUCGCAAAGUGCUCUGGUUACCCCCAGCUGACGUAUGCACUUUUCGUCCGCGCGGUCUCCUCGUAUUUCCGUUCUCGUAAUCGCCGCAGCGUAUGCUUACAUGCAUAAAAAAAUCGAAAGCCUCUCCCGAGAGCUUGGUAUAAAGUAUAAAAUGAUCCGCAGGAGGCGUCAUUAUUAAUAACAGCGUUAAAAUUAGUUUUACGGUAAUAAAAGUUCAAGAUACGUCAAGAGACAUAAAAUAUUAAACGUAUAAACAGCGCUGAAAACCGACCGUCCUCAGUCAUGUAAUUCCAUGAAGGCCCGCGCAAUUAGUAGAACACGAUUGUAUCUCGUUUUGUGCCUCGUCGAGAAAUCCUUAUCGCGAGUUUACGCGCGGCGGACUGGGUGAUGAGCUCGUGGUACAAGCGGAAGACUGCCGCCGUUGAAAGAUGUUCCGCUCCAAGAUUCGCAUUCACACGUGUCAAGUGAUACUGCUGACGUCCCUGGUAUGGUUCCUGGUCGACGUCAUGGUGCUCAUGCUCUAUUCGGACUGCAUCGGAGGGUCCGGAUGGGGCUGCUCGGACAACAAGCAACAACAGGCACUUCAGUCUGAGGAGCCGCUUCAACAGCAUCUAAAGUCUCAGAUCAAGGAGCCGCAGGCAAUAAAGCAGGACCAUAGUAAUAAAAGGCAGUAUCCGCAGUCGCAGCUGCACCUGUGGCGGCCGGCGAAGGUCGUCAAGGAGAAUAAGGGCAGCCCCGGCGAGAUGGGUGCGGCGGUGCACAUCGCGCCGGAGAACGAGGCCAAGCAGCAGGAGCUGUUUAAACUGAAUCAAUUCAAUCUGAUGGCCAGCGACAUGAUCUCCUUAAACCGUUCUCUAAAGGACAUUAGACUCGAGGGUUGUAAGAAUAAGAAACACGCCAAGUAUCUUCCAGACACGAGUAUCGUGAUAGUUUUCCAUAACGAGGCGUGGACCACUCUGCUGCGGACGGUCUGGUCCGUGAUAAACAGGUCUCCCAGAUCGCUGCUGAAGGAAAUCAUCCUCGUGGACGACGCGAGCGAGCGCGAUCAUCUGAAGCAAGAUUUGGAGGAUUAUAUAUCCACGCUUCCCGUCCCCACAUACGUGUAUCGCACCGAGAAGAGGUCGGGCCUGAUAAGAGCGAGGCUUUUAGGGGCGAAGCACGUUAAGGGACAGGUAAUCACGUUUCUGGAUGCGCACUGCGAGUGCACCGAGGGCUGGUUGGAGCCGCUAUUGUCAAGAAUCGCGAAGGACAGGCAUACCGUUGUUUGUCCGAUCAUAGACGUAAUCAGCGACGACACCUUCGAGUACAUCCCGGCCAGCGACAUGACCUGGGGAGGUUUCAAUUGGAAAUUGAACUUCAGAUGGUAUCGAGUUGCUCAGAGAGAAAUGGAUAGGAGAAACAGCGAUAGAACUGCACCUCUACGAACACCGACUAUGGCCGGUGGAUUAUUCUCCAUCGAUAAAGAAUACUUCUACGAGUUGGGCGCGUAUGACGAAGGCAUGGAUAUCUGGGGUGGUGAAAACCUUGAAAUGAGCUUCCGGGUGUGGCAAUGUGGCGGAACAUUAGAAAUCAGUCCGUGCUCACAUGUGGGACAUGUAUUCCGGGACAAGAGUCCAUAUACAUUCCCUGGUGGUGUCAGCAAGAUAGUCCUGCACAAUGCGGCUAGGGUGGCCGAAGUCUGGAUGGAUGAGUGGAGAGAUUUUUACUAUGCCAUGAAUCCAGGGGCGCGAAAUGUUGACGUCGGUGAUGUUUCGGAACGGAUAAAAUUGAGAGAACGACUGAAAUGCAAGAGCUUCAGAUGGUAUUUGGAGAAUAUAUACCCAGAAUCGCCAAUGCCACUAGAUUAUUACUAUCUCGGCGAUGUGAAAAACGUUGAAACACAAACUUGCUUGGAUACUAUGGGCAGAAGAACUGGGGAAAACGUCGGAAUUAGUUAUUGUCACGGAUUAGGUGGUAAUCAGGUGUUUGCUUACACUAAGCGACAACAGAUAAUGUCCGACGAUAUGUGCCUUGAUGCAGCUAGUCCACAAGGUCCAGUAAAAAUCGUACGAUGUCAUGGCAUGGGUGGCAAUCAAGCGUGGGUUUAUAGUGACGAGACCAAAAUGAUUAAACACACGAACACGGGUUACUGUUUGUCAAAACCCCACUCGGGCGAUGCGUCGCAACCUGUCUUGGCGCAGUGCGACGUCAACAACAUCGGCCAGAAAUGGAUCAUGCGUAGCAAAUUCAAGUGGCAGGCCAGCUAAUACUCGACUUUAAAUGCCAGAUCUAUACGCAAUAUUUGUUAAUAUGUUCAAUAAAUGGUAACCGAUGGACUGAUCAUAAAGGACUUCCCAAGUGCGCGCGUAUGAGAAGAGAAAAUAAAGUAUUAUAAUGAAUGGCGAAGAAAUAGUUCAAUAUCACACCGAAUGUGUACGUUAAAUGAAAUGACAGUGCGCGAGGAAUCAAUUCUCGUCGCGUGAGAAAAAUCGUAGUUAAAUAGUUAGAUGGGAUUUAUUUACUAUUGAUAAAGCAGUAUCGAAAAUUUACUGCCAUUCCUCGUGGUACGGUCCUUACGAUACGCCUUGAUCAAUGCACAAUAGUGACGGAGACGAAUUUCUCUGAUCGCGUGUGAACAUAAGUGAUACUAAACGACGAACAGAGUGAACUCUUAUUCUUCUUUUCUGGCUAAGAAGCAGUAAAGAAAGAAUCAUAUCAGACCACUGUUAUAAAUAAUUGUUAAUACAAAAGAGAAAGAGACAUAUUUGAUAAUUUCGGAUGAGUGCAAUGACGAAUGAUUGACCGUUAAAUCGGUACGCAACGAAAUGAAAUGUGAAUAUGCUAGAAAUGCAUCGCGAGAUAAUGAUGGAGUGAAUGCUGGAAUGUCAGUGAAGUCGAUGUGACGCUACCGAUAAUAAUAUAGAAAAAUUAUUAUUGUACAAUCCAUUUAAUAAUUAGGGAAGAGCACUGGAUCUUUUUAUAUUCAUGUUUCUCAUAGUUCCUCGUUGCAUCUCGUUCGUAUAAUUUAACUGUUACGCGUCGUUUCGUGAAAAGUACUUAUCAGAAUUUAUAGCAAUAUAUAGAAUUCAUCAGGUUUUUUAGUUAGAUGCAUACAAUUAUUAACUCUCGUUAAAUUCGAUUGCGGAGACAUAAUGCAGUUUUAACGCAGACGUACCAGAGUGUCUUCCAUAUUUUAAUGAUAGCAGAUUUUUCUAGCAUAAUCAGCUACUGCGCACAUUUGCGAGUUACUUGUUAACUACUUCCACAAAACAACGUUUCAUUUACGAAUCAUAACAUGCAAACAAAAUUAUGUAUCAUACAUUGUUUUAAAGAAAACAAUUUUUGUGUGUGGCGCAUUUGAAGCGCAAUCAUUCACAGAUUCAAUAACUAAUUAAAAUGCAACAAUUAAGAAAAAUUAUGAUUGUUCGUACAGGAAUUAAUCGAAAAAAAAUUAUUCUUUGUUUUUAAAUCUUGGCACCUUUGUCGUCUCGAUAUCGUAAAUUGCGACAGAAUAUUUUUAUUCUUAGUCUUCGAACAAUUAUAAAAAUAAUAUCUUUCACUCAAUAUAUUCUCAAAUCUGCUAUUGAAAACAAAAAACUUUUAUAUGUUUACACUUCUGUGAAAUUACUUCCGACACAGCUUUAAGACCUUCCCUACCUGUGUAUCUGCUAUUAAAUGACGAAUAUACUCAUUAUUCUUAUGUAAUCCAAAAGAAUGUUAUGGUGAUGGUGCAACGUUAAUAGCUUGAUACAUUUGUCUUUUAAGACUGUGCUAUUUAUUUUUGUAUAGAAUACAAAUUGAUUUAUAUGUUGAAAUAAGCAAUGUGUCAGUCCACUUUAUAGGUAAAUGACAAAGUGUUCCAUUGAGAAACGAUAGUCAAUAGUACCUCUUUGCAAAUACAUCAUUCCUUACAGGCUGAUUUCGUGGAGAAUGCUAUUAUUAAUAUGAAUAAAAUUACUAAUAAACGAUUUUUUUAUUUUAAUCAUUUGCUCAAUGAAUAAUGUCUCUAGCUUUACAGUUCAAUCGAUUAUAAUGAUGUGACAGGACAGUUUAAAUUAUUAUAAUAGUCUGAACUGUGUAAGCAUAAUAUUUUAAAGACAAUAAAAAAUUAUUUGUAUACAUUAUUAAGUUUAUAUAACGGAUGUCUCUAUAAUACUAGUAUAAUAAUUUAAGAUGUAAGUAAAUUUUGUAAAAAUGAAUGUAUGCACGUUAAUGACUUUUAAACCUGACUUUUGAUUUUUUUUUCUCAAAAUGUAAUUAAGUUUGACUAAAAGAUGAAACUUCUUAAGAAGUAAUUUAUUUAUAGUUGUUAAAAUUGUACCAUAUAAGUAUUCCAUCAAAUCUUAUAAAAUAACUAUCACACUACAUCUACAUCUUGUUAGAAUAAAUAAUUAGUUUCGUUACAUACAUGAAA